GUUCCAAUUACAGCAAGACGUUUUGACCGUCCGGACCAUGCAAUAGCUCUUCGACGGCUGCUGCACUGGGCCGUCGCCAACUGAAACACCCUUCACCAUGUCGGUCCAAAUCUUUCUCGAUAAACCCCACGCACACUUCACCAAUCUUGAUUUCAUCACGGGGAAGGCGGUACUCACAUUAACAUCGGAUACUCCGAUAACUUUGAUUGCCGUAAAGCUAGAAGGCGAGAGCCGUACACGACUUAUUGCCCCGAAGUAUCCGCACAGUGAGCGGUCUGAUAAAAAGAGGACGGAGGUAGAGUCACAUAAGCUUCUAUACAAAGUCGCAACCCUCUUUCCCACUGCUGAGCUGCACCCACUCGCCACUCCAAGUACAUACUAUACACUCAGUCCCGGGAUAUAUGAAUAUCCCUUUCGCUUUAAAUUCCCAUUCAACAAUGAUUGUAUUAAUAACAACUUGUCGUCGAAUCUCAACAUGGCGGGAAUACGGCUAGAAGUUGCCCGAGAUGGCAACCGCCACGUUAAGAAGACACUACCUCCGUCUCUAAGCGGCUUUCCGGGUGAAGCAGAGAUCAGGUAUUAUGUGAAAGUUACCGUAGUGAGGCCGCAGUUCUAUAAGGAGAAUUAUAGAGGGUUCGCGGAUUUCAAGUUUCUGCCUAUUGAGCCUCCAAGAAAGAAGGAGCCGGACAAGGAGACUUUUGCUCGACGUCAACAUCAGUUCAAGAAUGCUCGCCUCGUACAAGAAACGAAAGGACUUUUUAGAAAGGGCAGCGUUGGCGCAAUAGAUGACACUAGCCCUGCUCCCAAAAUCUCUGUCGAUGCGAGAUUACCCAGUCCAGCCAUAAUUACUUGCAACGAACCUUUGCCGCUAAGAAUACUCAUUAAAAAGCUGACUGAAUUUUCCGAAACUCUUUACUUGCAAUUAUUCCAGCUUGAGCUAAUAGGAUAUACCAACAUUCGGGCCCAUGACCUUGUUCGCAAGGAGAGCAGUAGCUGGGUCAUCGUUAGCCGCAGUAAUAUGAAUAUACCACUCGGUAGUUCUGAUGACCCUGUUGGGAAAGAAUGGAAGGUAGAUCCAAGGAUGUGGAAUCAAAUUCCAUUGCCAAACUCCGUGGCCCCGUCUUUUGAUACCUGCAAUAUCUCGAGAACGUAUGAGCUGGAAGUGCGUGUGGGCAUUUCUCGUGAGGCUCAUACGGCAAUGAAGCCGGAUCUUAUCGUCCUCCCGCUCCGUAUUUCCGUUUAUGUCUAUUCGGGCGUAGCUCCUCCAGCAGCGCUACUAGAGGCCAUGGGGUUUCCCACUGGUACCACCGAAACUUUACCAGAAGUUCUGCCUCCCCCGCCACCACCUCGACCAUCGGCACCCCCAUACACUGCACCGCCGCCCCCUAUGGAGGAAUAUGAGGACGCUCCGCCUAGCUACGAAGAUGCAAUGGCGGAGGCUCUUGGGCCAGUGGACGGCCCGAGGCGCGAGUAUAACCCACUUGAUGCCUCUCUUUCUGGAAACUUCUCACGGAUGGGGACUGAUGCUCAAGGUUCAGUGGGCAAUUCCAAAGGCAGCGACCGUUUAUUUCCCAAUAGCGGACCCUUAAACUCAUCGACAGACUCCUUCGAUAUUUACCAUCAGCUUGGCCCUGCCGAUGGUUUCUCACCUUCGGACCGCUCGAGGACAGCACCUUCAAACCUCGCGGAGGAACCGAGUUCUUCUCGUCCUGCACCAAUAUCCGUCCUCCCUGACGCUCAAUCGUCGCCGGUUACCCUCUCACCAGCCUCUAUGGAAUCCCGCCCAGAAUCGUCCCAACGGAGACCGCCUCCCCAACUUGGAAUACCGAGCCGAAAACCCGUUCCAGGAUCCGGACACUCGCUCCCCGAUCUAGGGCAGUCGCGCAGAUGAACUUCUGCAUUGGAUUGGACAUCGAAUACGGGGAUAUCAUCAGAGUUCAUUGUUAUACCAGCAUUAAGAAGGGUGUUCCAAAUCACUUAGUUAUUACACAUAAAGAUACCUUUUUAACUUGCAUUGUGGUUCUUGUUCAUAUACACAUAUUCUAAUGAUGGUGUGCGGAGGCGUAUUUUACAAAUGUGACAUGAUUAUGUACUAUGCAUGGCUGAAGAAAUUUGCCUUUCUCUAGGUUGAGAGCAGGGGAAUUAUUAAUUCCAUAGUAAUGUUAGCAUUGCUAACAUAUCUUGC